AAUGCCUUAUUUUUACAGGCAGUAUCACAUGUGGUUUUCUUUUGUAUGAUGCUUAAGACUUAUUAAUAUAUAAAAUGUCUGCAAGUAGUAUACCAGAAGAUGUUUCAUCUGUUAAAGUUAGUCAAUCAUUUACACAAGAUUUACCUAAUCAAAGUCAGAUGAGCCCUACUUCAAGUUCCAAUCAAAUAUUCAAUCAACAAACUGCAACUUCAAUUUUUGCAAGUAAAAUAAAAAGAAAAAGGGAUUCAUUAACUGGAAUUGAACCUGUUAAACUGGCUCCUAAUCCAUUUAAUAUGACAGCUAGAAAUUUUCCCAAGCAACGACACCUGUUGAAAAAUGCAUUUGGUUUUAUAAAUCGAACCAAAAGUCAGAGUUCAAGUCCAACAAAUUCUCUGGAAUUGGUUCGUUCUGCUCUUCAGCCAAGUUUAAAUAUGGAGAUUGAAAAAGUUUUACAUAGCUAUCAAGAGAUGUUUCAAAUGGCCGCUUUUAAUAUUAGUGAUAAUUUGAAGGAACCAAUCACAGAGGAGCACAUUAGUCACAUUCUUAGAAGAAGUUUAGAAGAGGCAAAGUCAUUAUUUAAAAUUCAUACUGAUUUGGAAGAAGGAAGCAGCUUGAAAAAGGAGGAAGGACUAAUGACAUCUGCUCGUAGUGUUAUAAUAAAAAAGAGCAAGCCAAAGCGUGAAGACAGAGAAAUUAGAGUUAAAGACAACUUUAAUUACCCACCAUGGGAGGAAUCAAGAUUGAACGAAGAUGUUGAAGUGAUCAUGGGUGUUAAAGCAAACAAAAUACUUGGCUUUGCAUCUGCGCGUGGAAGACUCUAUAUUAGACAUCCACAACUUUUCAAGUAUUUAGGUGAUCAAGAUGACAAACAAUGGUUAUAUGAAAAUGGACACAUGCCUAUAACAGGAGGAAAGGCUUUUCUUAUGUUGGCUGAAGAUAUUUGUUUGUUAGCAACAAAUCAUCCAGAUUACAAGGAUAAUUUAGGUAUAAAAGCAGAAGAUAUUAAAGGUUUUAAAGUACCUGAGUUUCUUUUAAAAAAGAUGCGACAAGCCAUGAGAAGACAAGCGCUCAUACUUCAAACGACAAGAGAAACUGACGAAGCUUAGUUCUUAGAUUCCCAAAGAAAAUUCGAGUAAAAGUAGUUUAAGACUGUCUAAUAUAAUUAAAAAAAAUGUUUUUUUGUAAUAAUUUAUUGCAUAAUUUAUUUUAUGAAUUUUAAAAGCUA